GCGGCGGCGCGAGCAGAGGACGAGCCGGGACGCGGCGCCGCGGCAGCAGGGCGAGCCGGGCCGCCCGACCCGCCGGGCCACACGGCAGAGCCACCUGAAGACCAGCGCUGAGGCAGCACUUUUCCGAGGGCUUAACAUCAGGAUCUAUGUUUAAGUUUUAGCUCUUGCUUACAAAGACCACGAUAAUUCCUUCUGAAGCCCUCACAGUCAGUCCCGCAGCGUCCUCGAAGCCCCAGCCUGCCUCCUACUGCCCAGCUGCCAGCAAUGCCCUCCAGCGGCCCCGGGGACACCAGCAGCUCCUCUCUGGAGCGGGAGGAUGAUCGAAAGGAAGGAGAGGAACAGGAGGAGAAUCGUGGCAAGGAAGAGCGCCCGGAGCCCAGUGCCACGGCCCGGAAGGUGGGGAGGCCUGGCCGGAAGCGCAAGCACCCACCGGUGGAAAGCAGUGACACCCCCAAGGACCCAGCGGUGACCACCAAGUCUCAGCCCACAGCCCAGGACUCUGGCCCCUCAGAUCUGCUACCCAAUGGGGACUUGGAGAAGCGGAGUGAACCCCAACCUGAAGAGGGGAGUCCAGCUGCAGGGCAGAAGGGUGGGGCCCCUGCUGAAGGAGAGGGAACUGAGACCCCACCAGAAGCCUCCAGAGCUGUGGAGAACGGCUGCUGUGUGACCAAGGAGGGCCGUGGAGCCUCUGCAGGAGAGGGCAAAGAACAGAAGCAGACCAACAUCGAAUCCAUGAAAAUGGAGGGCUCCCGAGGCCGACUGCGGGGUGGCUUGGGCUGGGAGUCCAGCCUCCGUCAGCGGCCCAUGCCAAGACUCACCUUCCAGGCAGGGGACCCCUACUACAUCAGCAAACGGAAACGGGACGAGUGGUUGGCACGUUGGAAAAGGGAGGCUGAGAAGAAAGCCAAGGUAAUUGCAGUAAUGAAUGCUGUGGAAGAAAACCAGGCCUCUGGAGAGUCUCAGAAGGUGGAGGAGGCCAGCCCUCCUGCUGUGCAGCAGCCCACGGACCCUGCAUCUCCUACUGUGGCCACCACCCCUGAGCCAGUAGGGGCAGAUGCUGGGGACAAGAAUGCUACCAAAGCAGCCGAUGAUGAACCCGAGUAUGAGGAUGGCCGGGGCUUUGGCAUUGGAGAGCUGGUAUGGGGGAAACUUCGGGGCUUCUCCUGGUGGCCAGGCCGAAUUGUGUCUUGGUGGAUGACAGGCCGGAGCCGAGCAGCUGAAGGCACUCGCUGGGUCAUGUGGUUCGGAGAUGGCAAGUUCUCAGUGGUGUGUGUCGAGAAGCUCAUGCCACUGAGCUCCUUCUGCAGUGCAUUCCACCAGGCCACCUACAACAAGCAGCCCAUGUACCGCAAAGCCAUCUACGAAGUCCUCCAGGUGGCCAGCAGCCGUGCAGGAAAGCUGUUUCCAGCUUGCCAUGACAGUGACGAAAGUGACACUGGCAAGGCUGUGGAGGUGCAGAACAAGCAGAUGAUUGAAUGGGCCCUUGGCGGCUUCCAGCCCUCGGGUCCUAAGGGCCUGGAGCCACCAGAAGAGGAGAAGAAUCCUUACAAGGAAGUUUACACCGACAUGUGGGUGGAGCCUGAGGCAGCUGCGUAUGCUCCACCCCCACCAGCCAAGAAACCCAGAAAGAGCACAACAGAGAAACCCAAGGUCAAGGAGAUCAUUGAUGAACGCACCAGAGAGCGGCUCGUGUAUGAGGUGCGCCAGAAGUGCCGAAACAUUGAGGACAUUUGUAUCUCAUGUGGGAGCCUCAAUGUCACCCUGGAGCACCCACUCUUCAUUGGUGGAAUGUGCCAGAACUGUAAGAAUUGCUUCUUGGAGUGUGCUUACCAAUAUGAUGACGAUGGGUACCAGUCCUACUGCACCAUCUGCUGUGGGGGGCGUGAAGUGCUCAUGUGUGGAAACAACAACUGCUGCAGGUGCUUUUGUGUCGAGUGUGUGGAUCUCUUGGUGGGGCCAGGAGCUGCCCAGGCAGCCAUUAAGGAAGACCCCUGGAACUGCUACAUGUGUGGGCACAAGGGCACCUAUGGGCUGCUGCGGAGACGGGAAGACUGGCCUUCUCGACUCCAGAUGUUCUUCGCCAACAACCACGACCAGGAAUUUGACCCCCCGAAGGUUUACCCACCUGUGCCAGCUGAGAAGAGGAAGCCCAUCCGGGUGCUGUCUCUCUUUGAUGGGAUUGCUACAGGCCUCCUGGUGCUGAAGGACCUGGGCAUCCAAGUGGACCGCUACAUCGCCUCCGAGGUGUGUGAGGACUCCAUCACCGUGGGCAUGGUGCGGCACCAGGGAAAGAUCAUGUACGUCGGGGACGUCCGCAGCGUCACACAGAAGCAUAUCCAGGAGUGGGGCCCAUUUGAUCUGGUGAUUGGAGGCAGUCCCUGCAAUGACCUCUCCAUCGUCAACCCUGCACGCAAGGGACUUUACGAGGGCACUGGCCGCCUCUUCUUUGAGUUCUACCGCCUCCUGCAUGAUGCGCGGCCCAAGGAGGGAGAUGAUCGCCCCUUCUUCUGGCUCUUUGAGAAUGUGGUGGCCAUGGGCGUUAGUGACAAGAGGGACAUCUCGCGAUUUCUUGAGUCUAACCCCGUGAUGAUUGACGCCAAAGAAGUGUCUGCUGCACACAGGGCCCGUUACUUCUGGGGUAACCUUCCUGGCAUGAACAGGCCAUUGGCAUCCACUGUGAACGAUAAGCUGGAGCUGCAGGAGUGUCUGGAACACGGCAGAAUAGCCAAGUUCAGCAAAGUGAGGACCAUUACCACCAGGUCAAACUCCAUAAAGCAGGGCAAAGACCAGCACUUCCCCGUCUUCAUGAACGAGAAGGAGGACAUCCUCUGGUGCACGGAAAUGGAAAGGGUGUUUGGCUUCCCCGUCCACUACACAGACGUCUCCAACAUGAGCCGCUUGGCGAGGCAGAGACUGCUGGGCCGAUCGUGGAGCGUGCCGGUCAUCCGCCACCUCUUCGCUCCGCUGAAGGAAUAUUUUGCUUGUGUGUAAGGGACAUGGGGGCAAACUGAAGUAGUGAUGAUAACAAAGUUAAACAAACAAACAAAAAAAACAAAACACAAUAAAACACCAAGAACGAGAGGACGGAGAGAAGUUCAGCACCCAGAAGAGAAAAAGGAAUUUAAAGCAAACCACAGAGGAGGAAAUGCCGGAGGGCUUGGCCUUGCAAAGGGGUUGGACAUCAUCUCUUGAGUUUUCAAUGUUAAUCUUCAGUCCUAUCUAAAGAGCAGAAUAGGCCCCUCCCCCUUCCCCCCUCCAGUCCUAGGAGGCGGACCUUUUGUUUUCUACUCUUUUUCAGAGGGGUUUUCUGUUUGUUUGGGUUUUUGUUUCUUGCUGUGACUGAAACGAGAGAGUUAUUGCAGCAAAAUCAGUAACAACAAAAAAUAGUAACGCCGUGAAGAGGAAAGGGAGAGAGG